UUCUUCCUACAGGAUGCAUUAAGAGAAGAGGACACUUACUCAGCAGGGAUGGAGAGCGGUUUGUCAGUUUCCAGCAUGCAGGACCCUUCAUCCUCCCCCUCAGAAAGGCAUCCCGGCUCAGCCAAUGGCAAUGGAGAUCUCGAUUCAGAAGAAGGCUCCAGCUUGGAGGAAAUCGGCUUCAACUGGGGAGAAUAUUUGGAAGAAACAGGUGCUAGUGCUGCUCCUCACACGUCUUUCAAACACGUUGAAAUCAGCCUUCAGAGCAACUUCCAGCCAGGAAUGAAACUGGAAGUGGCCAAUAAGAACAACCCAGACACGUACUGGGUGGCCACGAUCAUCACCACCUGCGGCCAGCUGCUGCUUCUGCGCUACUGUGGUUACGGAGAAGACCGCAGGGCUGACUUCUGGUGCGACGUUGUCAUUGCGGAUCUGCACCCAGUGGGGUGGUGCACGCAGAACAACAAGGUGUUGAUGCCCCCGGAUGGUGAGCCCGCGUUCGAAGGCUUGUAUGUGCAGGUCGUCGGCUGGUCAUCUCCUGGGAUGCCUGUGUCCCUGCAGGGGCAGAGAGACCCUUUUUUGGGCUGCAUUAGUUGGAGGGUGCAGGGUGGAGGGAAAGGGCGUGCCUUUUCGGGUAUCAGGGCUGGCCCUGACAGUUGA